AUGAGUGAGACAGCGGGUGGCGCCCCUCUAGUGAACAUGAACGGCAGCUUCCAGACCCAUGAGGAAGACGAGAGUACCUCGGCGUACGAUCAUCGACCGAUCAGCGACCAUGACGACAUGCGGCAUUACAAUACAUAUGAGGCUUAUCCUUCGUUUCUUCCUUUGGCACCUCCGUUCCAGCAGGGCUCGUGGGAGCCGCGCGCACCGGCAUCACCCUGCCCAGUGAUCACAGGGACUUUCUUGUCGAAUGAUCCUCUCCAUGAAAGAAGUCAAAUGAUCCACGAUAAUGUCGCGAAUGGGGAGUGGUACACAAACGGGUACUCCGACAGUGUGGCAGCUAGACCACACGGUUCGACCGAAGACCAGCCACAAGGAUAUGGACCACACCAGUGGUCCUACUCUGAACCAACAGUCAUCACGGGACCGAAUGUCGCAUAUCGAGCGAACGCGACCCAUAUACAAACUCCUUCGUACUUGAGUGAUGCAGGACAAGCAUCAAGAUCACAAUUCCCGGCCAACUUAUCGCUCGAUGCCACGCAAGAGCCCUGGUCAGCUGUCGCUGCCCAUCCUGGUGGAUACAAUAUGCUUUCAAGCAACUUACAAUCGGGCGAUGAAAUUUCGCAUUACCCAGAGAACACAAUCAGCAGCACUUCCUCUUUCAUCAACGGCACGGGUGCGAUUACACCAGAUUCGUCAUGGCCGAACAAUGUGGUUGACCAAGCUGGAUCAUGCAAUUUUGGUCCGAGCGUGUUGAGCAUUCGCAUGAAGGACGUAGAGCAUGAGACUCACGGUUUGCAGGAGCAGGGUACGCCGGCGGAAGCCAACAUUUGGCAAUCCAACUUCCGUCACGCUCAUUGUCCACCGCCUCACAUUCCGGGUCGGAUCAGUCAGCCAGGAGAUCAACAGGGUGCCUUCCAGAUGUGCUUUCUUGCCCUGAUCCCACGUGCGAUGCGAUCUUUCGUGGACAUCAUCGAAAGGGUAGUUUCAAUCGUCAUCGCCGACUGA